GCGGGGGGAGCCCCAGCGCGAGCGGCGCCAGCGCGAGGACCCGGCCCGGCUCCCUCAGGCCGUGCAGGAUGGGUGACGACCGGCCCUUCGUGUGCAGCGCCCCGGGCUGCGGACAGAGGUUCACCAACGAGGACCACCUGGCCGUGCACAAGCACAAGCACGAGCUGACGCUCAAGUUCGGCCCCGCUCGCACCGACUCCGUCAUCAUCGCAGAUCAGACCCCGACCCCGACGCGGUUCCUGAAGAACUGUGAGGAGGUGGGGCUGUUCAACGAGCUGGCCAGCUCCUUGGAGCACGAGUUCAAGAAAGCGGCCGAGGAUGACGAGAAAAAGGGCUCGGGCGCCCUGGACAUGUCGCUGCCCUCCACGCCGGACGUGCGGGUCAAGGAGGAGGAGCCGCUGGACGUGGACUCGUCGCCGCCCGAGAGCCCCGCGGCAGCGCGGCCGCGCUCGCCCCAGCGGGACCGGGACCGGGACCGGGACAGGGACAGGGACAGGGACCGGGACAAGGAGGGCCCCCCCAAGGCCGUGGUCCUGUCCACCCCCACGCCCACCAUCGUGCGGCCGGGCUCGCUGCCGCUGCACCUGGGCUACGACAGCCUGCACGCCGCGGCCACGCUGCCGUCGCCAACCUCGGUCAUCACCCAGGCACCGCCCGCCAGCCGCCACCUCGGCUCUCCCAGCUCCUCCCUCCCUCUCGUCGUGCAGCUCGCCAACGGCCAGACCGUGCCCGUGCUGCCCGGGCCCCCCGUGCAGAUGCCAUCUGUCAUCUCGCUGGCCCGGCCCGUGGCCAUGGUGCCCAACAUCCCUGGCAUCCCCGGGCCCCCCGGCAGCAGCAGCAGCAGCAGCAGCAGCGGGUCCCUGUCGCCCUCAGCACUCCCCGUGCACUCGGAAGCCAAACUGAGGCUGAAGGCCAGCCUGGCAGCCUCCUCCUCGCUGAACGGCAGCAGCCUGGCCGUGGGCUCGGCCAGCACCCUGGUGACGGCGCGGCCGGAGCAGAGCCAGGGGGGACAGCACCCCGACACGCCGUCCCCGGCCCAGCCACAGGUGUCCCCGGCGCAGCCCACGCCCAGCUCCGGGGGCCGGCGCCGGCGCGCGGCUGACGAGGACCCGGACGAGCGCCGGCAGCGCUUCCUGGAGCGGAACCGCGCGGCCGCCUCGCGCUGCCGGCAGAAACGCAAGCUCUGGGUGUCCUCGCUGGAGAAGAAGGCCGAGGAGCUCACCAGCCAGAACAUCCAGCUGAGCAACGAGGUGACGCUGCUCAGGAACGAGGUGGCGCAGCUGAAGCAGCUGCUGCUGGCCCACAAGGACUGUCCCGUCACGGCGCUGCAGAAGAAGAGCCAGGGCUACCUGGAGAGCCCCAAGGAGAGCUCGGAGCCCUCGGGCUCGCCCGCGCCCGUCAUCCAGCACAGCUCGGCCCCGGCCGCCCCCAACGGGCUCCGCUCGGCCGCCGAGGCCGUGGCCAGCUCGGUGCUGGCCCACAUGGCCGGGCAAAGGACAGAGCUGGCCGUGCCCGCGGCCGCGCCCGUCAUCAUGGCCCCACAGGGACACUCUGCGGGCAGAUGAUGGCCCCGGGCCGGGGCACUGCAUGGACUGAGCACAGCGCGCCCGGCCGCGGGGCGCCGGGCCCUCCCUGUCCCUUCUGGA